UUCCCGCCUUCCCACCCCACCUCACUUCCCACCUCUCAGGGUCCUUCUCCUCCCACCACUCCCUACCCCUAGCUUCGCAGCUUCGCCCUCCCUAAGCGGGGCCGCGGGGCGGCGCGGCUUUCCAGCGGGUCCGGCGGCGCGCGCGGGCUGGCUAGAUGCGGAUAGGCGCCGGCCGCAGCCAAUCAGCGAGCCGGGGACGCUGCGCGCUUUAAGGUCGCUGCUGGGAGAACAGAAACCAAGUUCCCCGGCAACGAGCAGCAUCCACCCGGCCGCAGGCCCCAGCCAGCGAGGCCCGGAAGGCUGCGGAGUGUAUCGGCCACUCCGACCGAAUCCAGCGCACCCCUACUUCGCCUCCUCUUCUUCACUGGCCUCCCACCCCCAAGUUCCGACUCGCCUAUUCGCCUACGCCUAGGGAGGGGGUUAGGAGCUGCCGCGUCCCCCUCCCUGAGGCGGCCGCCCCCAGCUUUUUCUGCUCACUGCAGCGUGCGCCUGGGCCGUGCGCCCCGGCAGCGCCAGCCAUGUCUAUGCUGCCGUCGUUUGGUUUUACGCAGGAGCAAGUGGCGUGCGUGUGCGAGGUUCUGCAGCAAGGCGGGAAUCUGGAACGCCUGGGCAGGUUCUUGUGGUCGCUGCCCGCCUGCGAUCACCUGCACAAAAACGAGAGUGUGCUCAAGGCUAAGGCAGUAGUCGCCUUCCACCGGGGCAACUUCCGCGAGCUCUACAAGAUCCUGGAGAGUCACCAGUUCUCGCCGCACAACCAUCCCAAACUGCAGCAACUGUGGCUGAAAGCGCACUACGUGGAGGCCGAGAAGCUUCGAGGCCGACCUUUGGGUGCGGUGGGCAAAUAUCGUGUGCGCCGAAAAUUCCCUCUGCCGCGCACCAUCUGGGACGGCGAAGAGACCAGCUACUGUUUCAAGGAGAAGUCGCGGGGCGUGCUGCGGGAGUGGUACGCGCACAACCCCUACCCCUCGCCCCGGGAGAAGCGGGAGCUGGCGGAGGCCACCGGCCUCACCACCACCCAGGUCAGCAACUGGUUUAAGAACCGGAGGCAAAGAGACCGGGCGGCCGAGGCCAAGGAAAGGGAGAACACCGAAAACAAUAACUCCUCCUCCAACAAGCAGAAUCAACUCUCUCCUCUGGAAGGGGGCAAGCCACUCAUGUCCAGCUCAGAAGAGGAAUUCUCACCUCCCCAAAGUCCAGACCAGAACUCGGUCCUUCUGCUACAAGGCAAUAUGGGCCACACCAGGAGCUCAAACUAUUCUCUUCCAGGCCUGACGGCCUCACAGCCCAGCCAUGGCCUGCAGGCUCAUCAGCAUCAGCUUCAAGACUCUCUACUGGGCCCGCUCACCUCCAGUCUGGUGGACUUGGGUUCCUAAGUGGGGAGGGACUGGGACCUCGAAGGCAUAGCUGGAGCAGCCACCAACCACAGCAACUAGGGACACUUGUAAAUAGAAAUCAGGAACAAUUUUGCAUCUUGUUUCUGGGGUUCUUUGAGCAUAAAGGAAAUGAUGGGCUUUCACAAAUGUCUUUUUUAAAAAAUCAAAACCAACAGCGAUUUCCAGCAUAGUCUCCCGCUUCUCUCCAACUCUUACCAUUCUUGCGUUUUCCCUCCCACUGAAAAGAUCCAGAAAAAAAAAAAAAAACCCAAACAAAC